AUCAAAUUAAAAACAAUUGGUCGUCUUAAACUAAAAUAUUAUAGGAUAUUACUCAUUAGAGGAAAUUUAUAAAUAGAAUAUGAUAGAAAAUCUUGCAGCAAAAUUAUGUUUACUUCUGCCGGAAAAAGCGCACUCAGCCGAACAAUGGAAAUUACUGGGUCAAGAGAAAGAUGGAUCUCUAUUAGUUGGAUGGACAGAAGAGACUGUAAAAGACGAUGUAAACGUAUCAUAUACAGUUGUAGGCCACUACAACCGGAUUAAUGAUAAAUUACAGGUAUUACACCAAUUCUCAGAGGUACUAAAUAUUGUACAAGCAACAAUAAAUCAAAAUUAUACCGUUUUUGGAUAUGUAACAAAACAAAAAGUUCCUGUAGAAACAAAUGCAAAUUCAGAAUCUACAGAAGAUGAAAAUCAGAGUAUAUCAGCUGAAAUUGAAAUGUAUGAAGCAUCUAUUGUUGAACUGAAAGGACAAGAAGUAAAAAUACAUACUUUGGACACAAAGAAAUCUAAACAAGUGAGAAUUCAAUUUUUAUAUAAGGAAAAAGAACAUGGACAAUGGGAUAAAUUUUUAUUAUUAAUCCAUCAAGAAUGUAUUAUAAUAUAUACUAUAAUCUUUGAUACAUCUGUAUCAGAUGUUUAUUCAAUACAAGAGUUAAAAUCUGAAUCAUUAGUAAAAGCAUUCAUUUGGGCUCAGUGGGACAUGAUAAAUCAGGUUUUAUAUCAUAUACACCAUAAAAAAAUUCCACUAAGUUUAGUUUCUGAAGAUGAGGAAGAAAAAGAGAAUAAAUUAGAAAGAACUAAUCCAACACUCAGCGGUCUUCAAUUUCAUGAUGAAUUACCACAUGAGACAGUGCUAAACAUACCAUUGAAUUUACCUCAAUUAUCAACUUCUUCCAACUGUGGAACUUAUGAGGAUGAUGUUAUACCUUUAAGAGUUCAUGAUUGUUCAUUAGAUCUUAUUGUAGUUUCUGACUCUAAAGGAAUGGUCUGUGUUUGUCAUCAUUACUUAUAUCGUCCAGUAAAACCACAGCAGCAUAUACUUAAUUCAUUGAGUGAAUCUAAUACAGUACACUUUGCAUAUUCUGUAACGCUUCUUCAUCACAGCUGUGUGAUCCAUUGUGUUAUACCUGGCAUACCAUGGUCUCAUGCUAAACUUAUACGACCAACGUUUGCAAUAUACGAACAUCAUCACAUGAUUGUUCUUGUACCGGGAUUGUUUACUCAUCUUCUGGAAAUUGGAACUAAUCAUGAACCAUGUUGCCACAUAUUAUGUGGUCCUCUAACUUCUAUUCCAUCUCGUUCUUCUUAUUUGGUACCAUUGCUUGAAUUAGAAACUAACGCCAAAGGAAGCAAAAAGAAGUAUGACACAGCUUCUUUGGAAGGAAGCAAUGCAUCUCAAUAUAAUAUGAACAUACUAACAAUAGACUUACCAACACUGGAUUUAGUACAAUUAACAAUUUCAUCUAACUUCCUUACCGAAGUAUUUCGUAAAGAAAAUUCGACAGAAGUACGCUUGGGCAUACUUCACUAUUUUCUUUGCCAUAGAAAUGAUCUGGAUAUUAUUUCAGAAUUAGUAUGUACGAUUGCAGAAAAACCUAGAUCAUUAGAAUUCGUACGGUAUAUGCAAGAAAUUCUUAUCGGUGGUUCAUACGCUUUAGUACAAAAAAAUUUAUUAGCAGAUGCUAUACCUUUAUUGGCUUUGCUGCCUGUUACGACCAUGGAAGAAUACAUAAGUUUCGAGAUCAAAGUGAAUGAUUUAAGCAUAACAUUGAGUCACGAGAAGCUUUGGAAUACAUCGGUAAUGUUACUCUCACCACAACAAAGAUUGAUUCCUUAUCGCAGUGAUUUGUGGACUCGAUUGUGGGAUCAACUUAGCAAAAAUAAUGGUGAUAAAAUAAGAUUCAAGCCAAGCAAAAUUGCAGAAAAGUUAUUAGUUUCUUUAGCAUGUUAUCAACCUGAAGCAUUAUCCAGGUCCAGUACUCCAAUGUCUCCAAGUGGAGGACUAGUUGUGGCUACAGUAUCACUUGGAGAUUUAACAAGUGGCCGAAGCAAUAAACUCAUGGACUCCAAUUUGCCAUUUAAUGAAACAGAAAGUUGUACUGCGUCUAAGCAGGAGCAUAUUGUAUCUGUAAAUUUACGGGAAUUGUCCGUUUAUCUAUUGAAACAUGGCACCCAGACAUCAAUAACGCAUCUUAAGGGAUUGUGUACUCCUUUACACGUUCACGCAAUGGCAACUAGACAUGUGGCAGCGCAAUUAGAGACAUCGCGGACUCUUUGUCAAAUGUUAUGUCGAGCGGCUAGUAUCGAUCCACGAAUUGAACAAGAACGUGGCUUUAUUCUUGUUGAUCAAUUAGACGAAGUAAGACGGUGGUUAUUAUUCGUAUUGUUGGAGCGCUAUAGACGCGCAAUAGAAAGCAUAGCAUUCCCAGCACCACAAGGAUUCACAUCGUUUUUUACUUAUCUUGGAUAUAGAACAUUAAAGUAUUCAAUGUUUUUACAAUAUGUACAACGAUCAGUGUUCGAAUUACAAGUCGAUGUUAGCAAAAUUAUUAUGGCUGAUAUUAGUGAUACAAAAGAAAACGCCAUUCGUAAAUUAACUUUGUUAUCUUUGCUACCCAAAUCACGUGCGAAAAGACUUUUAAAUCAAUGGUUACACCCCGUAAGUUUUAUGAUAAGAGCUCGUGAACAUGCUGCGAAUAUUUUAUCUGGUGAAGUGUGUCAAAACCGUGGUAGGACAUUACAAUACAGAAAUCAUCAUAAUGGUUUAGCGGCAUUUCCUUCGGCUGAUCGUUUAUCUCCACUAGAUACAUUCCUUGAUCUUCUUACAGCUAAAGCUAGUCUAGCCGAGUUAGAUUUUGGUUUGCUUAUAGAAGCUACAGUAACAUCUACAGAAGAUUUUUUGUAGAUAAAUAUAUUUUAAUUUCCUAGAAUUAUUUAUACUCGAAAGAAUAAUGCAAAUAGUCAUCCGAACGUGCGAAGUGCCAUUAAUAUCUUCCAAAAUAUUUAGUAUUUGUGAAUAUAUAGUUUCAAUCGCA